GCCGGGGGGAGGGCAGGCGGCGGCGGCCCGCCGUAUAUAUCUCGGCGCACCCCGCCAGGUCGCGCACAGCGCCCCGAGCCCAGGCGCCUCCCCGCCCCCUCCCCGCGCUCCGCGGCGGCGGCGGCGGCAGCAGUAGCAGCAAUAUGGCUGUUGAUGGGUGUUCGGGGUGGCGCUGGCGGCGGGAGGAGCUCCCCCGAGCCCCUGCGCCGGCUGCCCGUUGCUAGCUAUGGCAAAUGGUGGCGGCGGCGGCGGCGGCAGCAGCGGCGGCGGCGGCGGCGGCGGAGGCAGCAGUCUUAGAAUGAGUAGCAAUAUCCACGCGAACCAUCUCAGCCUAGACGCGUCCUCCUCCUCCUCCUCUUCCUCCUCCUCCUCUUCUUCCUCCUCCUCCUCUUCCUCCUCGUCCUCGGUCCACGAGCCCAAGAUGGAUGCGCUCAUCAUCCCGGUGACCAUGGAGGUGCCGUGCGACAGCCGGGGCCAGCGCAUGUGGUGGGCUUUCCUGGCCUCCUCCAUGGUGACUUUCUUCGGAGGCCUCUUCAUCAUCUUGCUCUGGCGGACGCUCAAGUACCUGUGGACCGUUUGCUGCCACUGCGGGGGCAAGACGAAGGUAACGCGUGCCCCGGGCGCCCGCCCCCUGCGCCAGCCCACCUCCUCGCUCCUCACCGCGCCUUGCCGCCCUCCAUCCCUGCCUGCCUUCCCCGCGCCGCCUGCCCUUCCCUCCGCUCUCCCCGCGCCCCGCUCGGCGCGGCGGGCGGUGCCCGGAAAUGCCGCCAGCAGCGGGGAGCUGGAGCAGGAGGUCCGCCCGAGAGCCUCCGAGGCCGCG